GUGUCAUAGAUGUCAAAAUCAGACAUUAUAGAAUAUUUUUUACAUUUCCUUUCUUCGACAAUGAAAACAAAUGUUUUCGCUAUAUUUUUUAUUCUUAUAAUAAAUUUAAAAAUCUGUCAGAGUGCCAACUACACAGAUUACUCUUUAUAUAAUGUUGUUCCAGUGGAGCGGUAUCAGCUGGACUUUUUGCAGAAUUUAGAGAAACAACAAUACCUAAAUGCGAUAUUUUGGACGAGACCUUUUAGAAUGUUUAGGGACAUCCAAAUUUUAGUUCCACGGGAACAUUUAAAUGUUUUUAAAGAGAGGCUAGGCCAUUUCCACCUGAACGCAACAAUAACAACAAGCAAUAUAGAACAGUUAUUUCAACAGCAAAAGUUUAAGAGGUAUACACGAAUGAAAUUUGAAUCAUUUUCUUGGAAUUCCUAUUAUGAUCUAGAAAGUGUUUACCAAUGGAUGACAGAUAUUGCAACUAAGAAUAGUGAUAGGGUGAAAUUAAAGGCCAUCGGCAAGUCUGCAGAAGGUAGAGAGAUACUAACGCUUGAGAUAGUAACAGAAAAUCCUAAAGGAAAAGUUAUAGUCGAAGGUGCGAUACACGGAAAUGAAUGGCUUACAACUCAAUUUGUUACUUAUCUUGCAUUCUUUCUGGUAUAUCCUGAGAAAUCUUUUAAUUGGCGUUUAAAACAAGUGGCAAAAAAAUAUACCUGGAUCCUCAUUCCGGUUGUCAACCCGGAUGGCUAUGAUUACAGCAUGAAAGUGGAUCGUUUGUGGCGCAAAAAUAGAAGAAAAACUUCCAAUGCAACGAUAGGGGUUGAUUUAAAUAAAAAUUUCAAAUACAGGUUUUGCGAGUAUGGUGGAAGUAAAGAUACAUCAAGUGCAUACUACUGUGGACCACAAGCUUUCUCAGAACCCGAGACUCUGGCGAUGUCAAAAUUUAUACAUUUUAAUAGACAUCAGUUAAACUUCUAUUUUGCGUUUCACGCCUAUGGACAAAAGAUAAUUAUUCCAUAUUCUGAUAGAGUGCAACACAUCGAAAAUUUUGCUGAAAUGGAAAAUUAUGGGAAACAAGCAAUAUUGAAAAUGUACAAAUUGUAUGGUAUUAAAUAUGGGAUUGGCACUAUUUACGACGUAUACGGUUACAAAUCUUCAGGAGAUAGUAUAUCUUGGGUAAAGAAGACAUACGGAGUAAAGUACUCUCUCUCAUUCUACCUACGUGACAACGGAACUUAUGGAUAUGCUUUACCUCCGGAUAAUAUACUGCCCGCAUGCAAAGAAACCUUGACCGGCUUAAUGGAACUUAUGACGGUUCGACACAGGAGUGUCGAAAGAGAACUUUUUAGUUCCACCAGUAAUUUUAGAUCAAAAUUUUAUAUAGUCUCCAUUUUUAUUACUAUUCUCGUUUCGAAUUAUCAUGGUUAUUUUACACAGAUUUAUAAAAUGGAAUUGAUUUACAUUGUUUGUUUAGUCUUCUUGUACAUAAAUCCAUGCACAUCUAAAAGCUACAAAAACUACACAUUGUUUAGAGGUGUGCCCGUGACAGACCAUCACUUAGAAUUCUUCAAGAAUUUAAGUGAUGUUUACAAGGCCACAUUUUGGAGGUCACCAGGUUUAGUCCAUAGGCCAGUAGAAUUCAUUAUUGGUCCAAAUAAAAAGAGAAUUUUUUUGAGAGAUGCCAUGUUAAAAGGUAUUUAUUACACAACGGUGAUAGAAGAUGUGCAAAGGGCCUUUGAUUCUCAAACUGUAAAGACAUAUGUGCGUCGCAAUAUGGAAUCCUUUGACUGGACCAGCUAUUUUAGAUUGGAUGAUAUCUAUGACUGGCUUCAAGAUCUAAGCGUCAUGUAUCCAAAAGUGAUGCAUCUACAAAACUUGGGGAAAAGCGUUGAAAAGAGAGAUAUUCUAAUGGCUAAAAUAACCCUUCCCGUUCGUAAAAAACGUUCGAGACCUAAGAUAAUAGUUGAAGGAGGUAUCCACUCUCGAGAAUGGGUAUCCAUAGCCUUUGUUACAUAUUUUCUCCACCAAGUUCUAACUACAGUUGACAAAAAGGAAUCCAAGUUAAAAUCCAUUGCCGAGGAAUACGAAUGGUAUUUUAUACCAGUUCUCAAUCCAGACGGCUACGAAUAUACUCACAAGAAGGAUCGGAUGUAUAGAAAAAAUAUGAAGGGCGUAGAUUUGAACAGAAACUUUGACAUGCAUUUUGGUUCUGUUGGGACAAGUUCAAGAAAACAAGACGAAACCUAUGGUGGUCCCAAAGCUUUUUCUGAACCUGAAACUUUGGCGCUGGCCAAUUUUGUGAAAGCUAACAGUAAAAAUUUGAAGUUCUAUUUAGCUUUUCAUUCAUAUGGCCAAUAUAUGAUCAUACCGUAUGCCUAUUCAAAGAAACAUGAAGGAAAUUUUGAUGAAGUGCACGAAAGGGGUAUCAGAGCUGCAAAGAGAAUUUCCAAAAAAUAUGGCACUCAAUACACAGUAGGAACAGCAUACGAUACAGUGGGUUAUGUUACGUCGGGUGUAAGCGGUUGUUGGGUUAAAAAAACUUUUUCAGUUCCCUACGUACUUACGUUUGAAUUGAGAGACGACGGCCGAUAUGGGUUUGCGCUUCCCCCUAAUCAAAUCCUUCCUACUUGUUGGGAAACUAUGGAUGGCUUGUUAUCACUGCUGGAUUUUAAAACGGACAAAAUGUUAAAACAUGAUGGUAACCCCCAGAAGUCAUCACAAAAGAUGAUUAUUUUUGACAGUUUUAUGCUAAUUUGGAAUGUAUUCGUCUUUAUUAUAGUACGAUUUGAAUACUCCGUUGUUUUGCUUAUUUGUCUGAAAUCUCCCAAGAUGAAACGAUAUUUGAAAAUAAAGUCAAUAAAUUUUUUAUAACAUUCUAGCUUAUGUCUGCAGCCCCGGUCGCGUUUAUUUCCUAUUUAUUUCACGGUGUUAAGUAUAUAUGUAUAUACGAGUACACAAUAUUUCUAUAUAUAUAUUAUAUGCAAAAGAAUAAAUAUUUUGGAAAAACUAUUUAAUACACAACUAACUUUAGCGAUCAUUAAUUUUACAAUGGACACAACAACGAUGUUACCAAAGGUGCUAACAUGACUAAUGAUACGAAUAAACGUUAAGGCGUUACAACAAACUGUGUGAUCACGUGACUCAUGGUGAUUUAUUUUGGUGUCAUAAACCAAACUUUGUUGAACCUUAGCCUUUUAGAGCACCUAACAAAGUAAAAUAUUAAAAAGGGGAGCGUAUGGUUACAAAAGGUUCAUCGUAUGAUGGACAGUUUAUGGAAUUCUCUUACUAUGACUCUCAAUUAGUGUAAAUGUAAUCAAUUUUAAACCUUCUCGUAGGUAUAUAAAGUUUAUUAUACUAUGCUAUCAAAUUA